AUGAGGACUGAGGAUAAUGUUCGAGAAAGCGAGAGCAAGGACGAGGUGGGUGGUAGUACGGUGGUAGCCGAGGGUGUCGUAGGUGGCAUAAGGGGCCCAGGCGGCGGGUGCCGCGCAUCCUCGAUGACGAUGGCCGAGAGCGCCGUGGAGGACGCCGCAGCCGCGCCCCCGGGCCCGGCCAAGCCGCCACCACCCUCCUGUACGAACAACAACACCCUUGCGGCGACAGCCAACCGCAACCAUCGGAACCCUCGCAAGAAACGGAGACGGCUGGAGCAGGUAGUGGACACGUUACAGGCUCAUCGCAGUUCACCAUCCGAAGGCGAGGUAUUGAAGUUCGAAGGCAGCGGUCCCGUGUCCGAAGAGGAGGAUGUUUUCGGCUCGCCCAGAUCAUCGUCCUCGCGAUCCGCUGUGGAUACCACCGCGGUGAUUGGCCAAUUGCCAUUGAGGUUGAAAGACGCGGACGCAGUGACGUCAACCGAAGAGGAGCUCAACGAGAUCAGUCAGCAGUAUCACCAUCAUCCCCACCGACCGUAUUGCUACUCGUAUCAUCAUCAUCGAAAUCGUUAUUCUCCCUAUCAGAACAACCACCGAUUGUCGGCGACCAAGUACUCUGACUGUAUGUGCAGCCAGUGCUCGCAGUCGCUGGCUGCGUCGGCGGCGAUGAUGCUGCCGUCGGCGACCUCCCUACAGACACCGCUGUCGCGAACCAGCUUCACGUACAGCAGUAUAUGCGGCACGUACAGCAUAUUCGAGCAGUACAUGCAUACCAAGUACCUGUCGUCGUCGUCAGGCGACACCUUCCGCGGACGCAGUCACUCCGAUUCGGAUGUAGUGCCCAGGUGGGAAGAGACGCGGUCCGCGACCACCUCCUUUUCCUCUAUCGUCAAUCAUCCCCCGCGAAGUGGCUCUCUCGAGAGCGACAGCACGAGUCCUCAAGAAUCACCAUUGGAUCUCUCCAUGAAGAAUCUGAUGCUACAGUCUACCGCGGCCGCCUCGGCGAUCUCCAAUAGGUCACCGGCUCUUCAGCUGCUACCGUCGGGCAUCGUAACGCGAGGUUCCGUCAGCGUGCCAGUAGUCAGGGGCGACGUCGCAUCACCCACGACGAAAGAAAGCGUUGCAGUACGGUACAAUUUGGAGGUUUUACCCGUCGUCGAGGAAAUGGCGCCGGGCGCAGACGUGGCUUACGUUUGUCCAGAGUGCGGACAGAUGUUUAGCCUGCAUGAUCGUUUGGCAAAGCACAUGGCAUCCAGACAUCGUCGGCAAGGUCUCCACGAUGCCUCAGCGAAGGCGUACCUCUGCGACGUGUGUCAAAGGAGUUUUGCGAGGUCGGAUAUGUUGACUAGGCAUAUGAGACUGCACACCGGUGUCAAACCGUACACAUGCCGGGUUUGCCGACAGGUGUUCAGCAGAUCUGAUCACCUCAGCACCCACCAACGAACCCAUACCGGUGAGAAGCCAUAUAAAUGCCCGCAGUGUGCCUACGCAGCCUGUCGCAGGGAUAUGAUCACCAGGCAUCUGAAAACCCACAACCGGUGCGCGGACGGCCCUAUUCCGAAGACAGAACCCGGUUUACUCGCCGGCGAGGAAUGUCCCACUUUCGAUCAGAACGUGGCGGCGGUGCCGUCGGCGAUUAUCAAGGCCGAAUGACAACGAUCGAUCGGAUGACCCUGGCUGCAUUCUAGCUCCAGGUCCCAGCGAGGACCUCGCGGUAAGAUCGAUCGGGGGUCCUCAGGAACCUUUGCAGGUCGAUUAGGAUUCCGCGGGAACAUGUUGAGAGAGCGAAAUCGCCGCUCGACAAUCUCCAUGACAUUAGCCGAGCGUUAGGAAGAAAUUGAUACUUGAAGAGGUCGCGAUCUUGAUGGAACAAGAAAAUUAGCGAGAGGAAAGAUUUGUUUUAUUGUCGUAAUUCGCAAUUUCGCGAGAAUACCGACGGAUACUAAUACGAGAGUCUGUGAUCGAGCUUAAACUUUUAGAAGAGAUUGCAGCUAGACGCGUCAAUUUCAUUCUUUCGCUACAUAUUGAAAUCUUUUCUUGCAAAAAAGUUUAUAACAUAUUCAUUUCAAUACAUUUAAAAAAUUCGUUAAUGAAAAUUGUUUAUGUUUACGCAAACCUAAUAAUUGUUCCUUCGUUUUUCUAUUUAAGCUUUUAUAAAUUGGAAUAGAUAUUAACAGUGUAUGUAACGUUCUACAAAGUGGCUUUGUUACUUCAAGUGAUUUUAUUGCAACAUUUUGCAAUUCUUUAUCGUAUUUGCAAACUUGAAGUCUCCCGUAUGCGUUCUAUUCAGCGAAAGAGUUAAAUUCGCACGUCGGAAGCAUCAUGGAGAGCUGAAUGAUAAAAAUGAACUUCGCUCCCGUGAGUAUUAUAUUGUAUUAUUUAUUAAAAAAUAAAUGAUUCUUUUUGUUUAACGAUUUUUUUGCGGAUUGCCUAAAAGUCAUCAUCCCUUCAUGCGUCACACGCGAUCGCGCGCGUUAACAGCGAAUAAUGCCGAACAGUAUUAUCGUACUUCUUCGACCUCCGCAUCUGAUUCUGUUUCCGCGAUUCGAGAUUCCGCGAUACUUUCAUUCUUCCUAAUGUUUCAUCGCGGCGCAUGAUAUCGUGACUACAAUUUCGGCCAAGGAAUAAUCCGAGAGCAAUCUAUUUGCAUACGUAUAUCAAGAAAGUUGAUUUUAUAUUAAAUCAAUUACUAAUUUAUCAACAAGCUCAUUUCUCAUCUUAUAUAUAAUUUAUAUAUUUUUAUUCAUAUUCCAGUGAUUUCUUUUCAAAAUUUAGAAAUUCUGUUAGAACUUAAUGUUUUAUUUUUUUUUUAAUCUGAAAUUUGAUUAUCAAAUAUGUUAAUUGUUGUCGGAGAUUCCUUGAUUGUCAUGGAAAGGAUGUAGCAUCUAACCAACUGCUCUUUUUGUAAAUCUUUCGCUUUCUCGUUCUCGAUGCAUAAAACUAAGACACACACAUACAAGCUGAAAAUAAAGCAUUCCUGCUCGGACGCACAAGUGCAACGGAGGUACAUGAAAGCGGUGCUUAAAGGCUCGGCGUUAGAAACGAAUUGUGUUUUUAUCGUGCUCGUAAAACGAGCCACGUGUCCACACAAUAAUACUGUAUGUAAAUAAUCAAUCAUAUCGCGCAUCAUUUCUUCACGAAAGACUUUCCUAAUCUAUAACAUUAACUGUGGAGAAAUCUGGAACGUAGCCCGUCGGCGACGCGAACAUACGUGCCAAAUUUUAGAUGAAUAUUUCGGAAAUGCGAUUAACACACGCAUCAACCCCAGUAAACUGCACAUGUCGAGGUCUAGUGAAAUUCGUGAUUUGAAUACAUUGUUACUUCUGCUUUUCUUGUUUUUUAUGUGAAAUUUUUAGCUAAAGAUAUAUCGGAACGCAAAUUGUUGUUUCAGAAUUUAAUACAAUUUAAAAUCAUAUUAAAUUAAUCGUAUCGAAGACAAACGAUAUAGAAGAUUUAUUAGACCUUAGUGAGCAGUUUUGAAGUUAUACUCUUUAGAACAUAUCUGUCGGUCGAGCGCGAUUUGCGGAACGGAGAAAAAUUAUUGGUACAAAAAAAUAAUCUUGUUAAAGAUUCCGAAAAAUGAUACAUCAAUCAGAGCCAAAUCAAUUAACAAAUCAUUUUUCUGAUUGAGAAUUUAUUUAUCGCCAAUAUUUUUCUCAUGUGUCCAUUUCUGUAAAUAGCGAGUCGCCAUUGGUAACCUCGUCGAUUCGCCCGAAACCUGCUCAAGUUGUUGUUACUUGAAAACUUGUUAAGAUGACUUCUUAUAGAAGUCAAAAGAAGCAAAGCAGUGAUGUAUUUGGUAAUUAAUAAAUGUAAUCGCGAUCAUUGUGUUUUGUAAUGGACAUUUUGUUAGUGCGGAGUCUGAAAAUCGUUUGAUCGCGAGGAUAAGAACAAUGUGAAAAAGAAACAAACAUAUUCGUACCUGCAGAAAGAGAAAGAGAGAGAGAAAGAGAGAGAAAACGAUGUUAAAGCAUAAUAAAGCGUAUAGAAAUAACGUUAAUUAGUGAGUAAUAUUAUUGACACUAUUAUUGCGUUUUAUUAUUGUAACUAUUAUAAUUAUUCGCGCCGCCACACGCCGACAGGGAGAUAAAAUAUUUUUUUAUAUAAUGCAUUUGAAGUAUGUGCGACAUCACGGAAGGCUUCGAGAACACGAAGUUCAGUUUGAAAGUUGUUCUCACCUCGAAAUUAAUGCUAAUUAAAUAACUUCGAACGCCGCGAGAGACGAUAACAUCGGCGUCAGUUCGUUACGUUAUCGAGAAACGAACGGUCAAGUUGACGCGAUCGAUACAUGGUCUCUGAUUUUUUUUUUACGUUUUCCUGUAGAAGUUAAGUGUACGCGAACAGCGGUCGUUGCGGCGCGAUUAAUCGAAACUGGUUGUGGUGCUUAAGCGAAGAAGGGCGAAUCCGACAGGAUAUCUUUGCGCUGUGAAUCGACGAAGACAAUCUAAAAGUAUACUCAAACCAUGAUCUCUAUACGGAUAAGGUCGCCAAGCCGAGUGAAUAGCGGAUGAAAUCCGCUAAUGUCGUUCUAUAGAGCUACGGGACUAUGGAAAAUGUACAUAUAUUUUAAUGACAUUUUUUAUUUACCAAUAUUUCCCUCGCAUAAUCCUUAUCGUAAAAUUAAUAAAAAUAUAUAUAUAUAUAUGCUAGAUGAAAAUCAGAGAGAAAACAAAGACAAAUAUGAUAAAAUGUCAAAAAUGAAGAUUUAAGCAAGUGCAUAAACCAUGCAGAGAUGCUCACGUUAAAUUGCAUCAAACAAAAUUUCAUCUCGCUGUUCGCUCGGUCCCGCGAAUGAAUUCCGUCUCCCGUUUCGGAAACGUCAAUUCCACAUAGUUUUACGAUAGUCGUAUGGUGACUCGUUGAGCAGCACGCGCCGACAUAAUACUCGAGCUUACUCAGCCUCGAUCGUUUCGUCCUUAAUCCUUAUCCUAAACGUAUGUAUAUUUGUGUACUUCCCCCGAUGUGUCUCCUAUUCCUCGUCGGAAAAAAAAGUAAACGUAUCAGCGCGCGCUGAUACACGCGUGGCACGCGCAUAGAUACGUAUAUCUCUGUAUUUUUGUAUAUCAAGGUUUUUUCUAAUUACCUAUCUACCGAUUAAGCGUUUUCAGAGGACGAGUAAGUAGCUAUUAAGGAGAAAGUAUUGUCGCUCUCUGCUUGCCAUUUUACUUGCCCCUCCCCUCCCCCCCCUCCCCUUGAUCGAACGAUUGCUUGGAAAGCGGUGUUUAUCGUACGGUGCGACGCGCGAGGGAGGAUCGUCGAAUCGGAGGAAACUCGUUUUGUUCUUUAAUCGAUAAUAGUCGAAGUACAUAUCGUGCGAUCAAUGCAAUCGUCUAAAACCAAAUCAAACGCAUUUUUUGCUAAUUGCUUGCCUCUAAGAGAAGUUAACUUACAAACUAAUUACUUACACGGAAGUGAAUUCCUUAAUAUAUUCUAGGAUUUCUAGACAAAAAAAUGUACAUCGUAAUAUGCGAUGUGUGAUUAAUUUUGAAGUGCCAUUCAGCCUUCGACGCAACGGAAACACAUUUUCUUUUGUUUUAUUUUUUUUUAAAUUUUGUUAGCGUGAUUAUCGAAACGAGACCUCUUACCUUGACGUUAUCCCUCGCACCAAUUCAGCCUUAAACUGACAGAAUCUCUUGCGUAAUAAGUCUGUAGUAAUUUAAGUAAGAAAAGACGUGAGAAAGGAACAAACGCGUUUGACGCGUCUUCGGGCAGUUAAGCGAUCGCCGUGCCAGACCUGUUCUUGUAAUUAUUAACAAGUAUAGCCAUUCGUAUGAUUAUUAUUAUUUCUAUUAUUAAUAUUAUUAAUUAUUAUUAAUAUUAUUAUUACCUGUAGUUAUGUUGUUAAGUGAUUAAUCAUGUUUAAUGCUUCUAUUAUUUAUUUUGUUAUCCCGUUCAUGAGUCAAGCUUUCUAUUCUUCCCUCUUGUCUGUCCCUUCCUCACUAUUCCGAUUCUUUUCUUUAUCCUAUUAAUUUUGUCCUAUCUUUGUCCUAUUAAUUUUCCGUUUUACUUAUCUUCAUUUUAUUCAUUUAUCCCUUACCGUCUAUCACUCUAUCAUCGAACCGGAAGAAGGGAGAGAGAGUUCAAUUUACAUGAAAAAAAAUUUAUCGCAAUAUCUUUGUAAUAUUGAUCGCAUUUUCAACGUAAAUAAAACUAAAAUAUAUUUUGAAUCUCAAACUCAUCUCCCUUUUCUCUGGCUUACAUGGCACAAAAAAGCUUGUCUCCGAAGAGAUUUUGAUCUCCAAUUCCCAAACGAAAGCAUAUCUUUUGUAACGAUGAAACACUGACGAAAAUUUGUGUAAAUGAUUGAUGAUGAUUGUGUACGUUAAUUUAUAAAUUAUGUUGUGUUUACGAUUCGUGCCAGAAUGGAAAAAAAUAUAAUUUUUCAACGAAUCA